AUGACAGUCAAAUUAUGGAUAUUGCUGCUCCCAACAAUUCUUUGCCACAUACCAAAUUAUAUCACCACCCCUCCGAACAAAAUAGACCAGUUCUGCAAUCUAGCGGAUACUUGUGUUCACGACACCAUCCCGGUUUGUGGGAGGAUGGGAGACGAGAAGAGAUCCUUCCUGGAUCUAUGUGACAUGCUGGAGUUUGCGUGUGACACUAAUCAAGUGUACACGCACAUCGACGACACGGACGACUGCCCAGUACAUAAAAGUAAACAUUGAAUUGAAACUACAUCAGAAGAUAC